UCCUCCAAAUCCUCUAAUGGUCCCAUGUCAGUAGCUUUGUCUGUUGAAAGACUAAAUGGCCCGGAGCUGCCACCAGCAUCUGAAAGUGGAUUUUCCAAAACUUUUGAUAACCUUGAGGAAAGCUCAUCUGUUGAAAAAACAGCGGGUCUGCAGCCUUCUGUGAUGUCUGAAUUUGAUAGCUCCAAAACCCCAGAUGACCAGGAAUUGAGACCCAUGCCUGUGGAAAAAACAAAGGUUUCGGAGCUUUCUGUGACAUCUGAAAAUGGAUCAGCUGAAAAAGCAGUGGCUCUGGAGUCUUCAUCGCUACCUGAACUUACAUACUCCACAUCCAAGUCAAGAUCCUCAUCUGUUGAAAAAAGGAGAGACCCAGAAACUUCUUCAGUAACAGAAUUACAGCUCUCUGCAUCCCACGAAGAUGAGUCAAGAUCUACCUCUCUCAAAGAAAUAGAGGGUCCAGAGCCUCUUCUGACACUUGAAAGUGGAUGCUCUGUAUCUUCUGAUGAUUACAAGACAAUCUCCUCGUCCUCUGGAAAAACAGAGCUUCAAGGGUCUUCUCUGAUGUCUGAAAGUGUACUUCCUGAGUUGUCUGAUGGUCAUGAAUUGAGACAUAUCCCCGCUGAAAAAACAGAGCUGCAGAAGUUUUUGCAGGUGCCUGAAAGUGAAUCUUCCAAGUUGGCCGACAGCCCUGAGUCAAGGUCACUAUCUUUUGAAACAGUAGAGGCUCAAAAAUCUUUUCUAGCACCUGAAGUUACAUGCUCUGAGUUCCCUGAUGUCUGUGAGCCAGCCUCCUUGCCUAUUGAAAAGGGCCAAAUGCAGGAGCCUUCUCUGGCUUCUGGCAGUGGAUGCUUCAAGUCUCCUGAUGGACAUGAAUCAGGAUCCAGCUUUACUGCACAAAUAGAGGAGCUUCCAUUGAUGUCUGAAAGUGGGUCCUUCAAGUCACCUGAUGGAAAUGAACAAAGGUCUUUAUCUGUUGAAGAAGUCAAGGCUCCAGAUGUUUCACUGACAUCUGAGUGUGGUCCUGCUGAGAUCUCCGAUAACCUCAUUUCAGCAUCAUCUUUUGAAAAAAUGCGGGAAGUUGUACUGACAUCUGUAGGACAAAGCUGCAAGUCUUCUGAAGUUCAGGAGUCCAGAUCAUCUGUUGACAAAGAUUUAGACAGUCCAAGACUUUCACAAGUCCCUGAUACUGACUGCUCUGAAUCCUCUGAAAUGCACGAGUUGAGAUACCUGCCUGCUGGAAAAAUAGAGGGUACAGGAUCUUUCUUGAUGUCUAAAAGUGGAAUUCCUCUGUGCCAUGAUGGCUAUAAAUCAAAACACAAUUACUUUGAGAAAACAGAAGGUGCAGAACUGUCGAUGGCAUCCGAGCUUAGGUGUUCUGUCUUCCCUGAAGGCUAUGAAUUGACAUCCACUGCAGUUGAAAAAAUGGAGAUACAGAAGCCUCCUCUCCCACUGCAAAGUGGAUUCUCCAAGUCGUCUGAUGUUUGUGAAUCAGUAAGCACACCUACUGAAAAACUACAGGCCCCAGUGACUUCUCUGACAUCUGAAGGUGGGCUUUUGCUGUUGCCUGAUAGUCAAGAAUUGAGACCUAUCCCUGCUGAAAAAGUAGAGGUGCAAAAGUCAUCUGAACUGAAAUACAUUGUAUCCCCUGACGGCCACAAGUUGAGAUCUGCCUAUGAUGAAGAAAUACAGGUGCAGGAGCCACCUCUGAUACUGGAAAGCCAAUGUUCUGUUUCCUCUGAUGGUCAAGAGUUAACAUCCACCCCUUUUGAAAAAGUUGAGGUAGAGGAGCCUUCUCAAAUGUCUGAAAAUGAAUACACAAUAGGGCUUGAUGGCCCUGAGUUGACAUCAACUCCUGCUGAAAAAACAGAGAUGCGGGAACUUUAUCGGAUGUCUGAAGAAAGAUGCUCGGUGUCCAUUGAGAGCCAGGAGUUGCGGUCACCCCCUGUUGAAAAGAUAGAAGUGCAAGACCAUGCUCUGACGUCUGAAAAUGAAUAUGCUGUAACUUGGGAGGGCCAGGAGUUGAGAUCUAGCUCUCCUGAAAAGGUAGAGAUGCAGGAGGCUUCUGUAGUACCUGACAAUGAAUAUGCUGUGUCUUCUGAAGAUCAUGAAUUGCCAUCUUCCCUUGCUGAAAAAACAGAGGUACAGGAGUGUUCUCUGCUGUCUGAAAAUGAAUAUGCUGUAUCUCCAGAGAGCCAGGAGAUUAUAGUCAGCCCUGCUGAAAAAGAGGUGCAGGAGCCUUCGCUGGCAUCUGACAGUGACUAUACCACCUUCCCUGAAGGUGGCCAAGGAUUACAGUCUACUUUUGCUGAAAAAACAGUGGUGCAGGAGCCUUCAUUAAUGUCAGACAGUCAAUAUGCUGCAUCCCCCGAAAGGCAGGAGCUGCUUUCUGCUCUUACUGAAAAAACAGAGGUGCAGGAGUGUUCUUUGCUGUCUGAAAAUGAGUACGAUGUAUCCCCUGAAGGCCAUGAUUUGAGAUCCAGUCCUGUUGAAAAAGAAGAAAUGGAGGAACCUUCUGAAACAUCUGAAAGUGAAAGUUCAAUGUCCACUGAUAGCCAGGAGUUGCAGUCUACUAUUGUUGGAAAAACAGAGGUGCAGGAGUUGUCUUUGAUGUCUGAAGGUGAAUGUGCCAUGUCCCCUGAAGGUCAGGAGCUGCAGUCUAGCCCUUCUGAAAAAGUAGAGGCUAAAGAACCUUCUCUGACAUCUGAAAAUGAACAUGCUCUGUCCCCUGAAGAGUAUGAAUCAAGAUUGACUCAUGCUGAGAAAACAGAGGAUAUGGAUUCUUCUUUGACAUCUGAAAAUGACCAUCUUUUGUCUUUUGAGAGCCAAGAGGUAAGAUUCACCCCUGUUCAAAAAGUAGAUGUGCGGGAGCUUUCUCCGACACCUGAAAAUGAACAUGCAGCAUCUCCUGAUGGCCAGGAGUUGAGAUUCUCCACUGUUGGAAAAGUAGGUGGUCUCGAACCUUUCACACUAAACGCUAGAGCCUCCAUGUCCCCUGAUGACAGUGACUUGAAAUCCAUCCCUGUUGAAAAAAUGGAUGAUGCAAUGCCUUCUUCAAUGCCUGAAAGCGGGUGCUCCAUGUCCCCUGAUGGCUACAGUGUGAAAUCUGGCCCUGGUGAAGAAACGGGCGAUCUAGAGCCCUCUUUGAUGCCUGAACGUAGACAUUCCACAUCCUCAUAUCAGGAAAGUCAUGAGCUGAAAUCUCCCAUGGAGGAAGAGGGUCUAGAGUCCUCUUUGACUUCUGAACAUAGACGAUCUGUGUCCCCUGAGGGCCAUGACCGGAAGUCUACCAUAGAUGAAGAAAUGGAUGACCUGGAGCCCUCUUUGACAUCUGAACAUAGGCGCUCCACGUCCCCCGAUGAGCAUGAGUCAAGAUCUAGCAUUGGUGAAGAAGCAGAGUAUCUGGAGCAGCCUUUGACAACAGAACGUAGGUGCUCUGUGUCUUCUGAUGAGCAUGAGUCCAGGUCCACCACUGGGGAAGAGGUAGAGGAUGCAGAACCCUCCUUGACAGCUGAACGAAGAGACUCCACAUCCUCUGAUGAGCAUGAGUCGAGGUCUACCACUGGUGAAGAUAUAGAAGAUGGGGAGCCCUCUUUGACAGCUGAACGUAGACACUCCACAUCCUCUGAUGAUCAUGAGUCAAGGUCUACAACUGGUGAAGAAAUAGAGGAUUUGGAACCUUCUUUGACAGCUGAACACAGACACUCCAUGUCUCCUGAUGGACGUGAGUCAAGGUCAACCACUGGUGAAGAAGCAGAGGACCAGGAGCUUUCUUUGACAGCUGAACGUAGACACUCCACAUCCUCAGAUGAACAGGAGUCGAGGUCUACCACUGGUGAAGAUGUGGAGGAUAUGGAACCCUCGUUGACAGCUGAACGAAGAGAUUCCACAUCAUCGGAUGAGCACGAGUCAAGGUCUACCGCUGGUGAAGAAGUAGAGGAUAUGGACCCCUCUUUGACAACCGAACACAGACGUUCCACAUCCCCUGAUGGGCGUGAAUCGAGGUCUACCACUGGUGAAGAAGUAGAUGAUGUGGAGCCCUCCUUGACAGCUGAACGAAGAGACUCCACAUCGUCAGAUGAGCAUGAGUCGAGGUCAUCCACUGGUGAAGAGGCUGAGGAUGUGGAGCCCUCUUUGGCAGAUGAAGAUAAACAGGAUUCCAUGCCUCUUGAGAGGUUGGAGGAACAGGACUCUUCCUUUAUACCUGAAAGUAGGCGUUCUGAGUCUUCUGAACGUGAAAAAUCUAGAUCCAAAUCUGUUGAUAAAAUAUCUGACAAGGAGUCUUCACGAAGAUCUAUAAGUAGACGCUCAAAAUCUCCUACUCGCCAGAAGAGUCGAUCCACAUCUGUUGAAAAAGCGGCAGACAAAGAGUCUUCACGGAGAUCUAGGCGCAGACGUUCCAGGUCUGCUGCUCGCCAGAAGAGUAGAUCCACAUCUGUUGAAAAAACAGCAGACAAAGAGUCUUCGCGGAGGUCUAGACGUAGACGCUCCAGGUCCACUGCUCGCCAAAGGAGUCGAUCGACAUCUGUUGAAAAAGCAGCAGACAAAGAGUCUUCGCGGAGGUCUAGGCGUAGACGCUCCAGGUCCACUGCUCGCCAAAGGAGUCCAUCCAAAUCUGUUGAAAAAACAGCAGACAAAGAAUCUUCACGGAGGUCUAGAAGCAGACGCUCCAGAUCUUCUCAGCGCAGAUCGCAGAGAUACGAUACAGAAUCUCGCUCUAGACGGAAUCGCUCCAGAUCAGUAACACGGAGAAGAGCAUCAAGAUCAAAAUCAAAUCGUCGCUCUCGGUCUAGCUCAUUGUCGCGUUCAAGGCACAGGAGGAGGAGUAGGUCAAGGUCAGCAUCAAGAAGGCGACGGUCUUUAUCAAGAGACAGGCGUAAGAGAUCUCAGAGAAAUAGAUCAAGAUCUACUGACAGAAGAAGAAGAAGAUCAGAUUCAAGAGAUCGUAGAAUAUCACUCAGAUUACGGAGCAGGAGUCGAACACCUAUUCGUCAAAGGCGAUCAAGAUCAAGAGGAAGAAGACGGAGCUCUAGUAGGUCACCAAUUCGACUACGGCGAUCAAGAUCUUCAGGGAGAAGAAGAUACAGCAGAUCACCUGAUCGUCGUAGGUCGAGGUCAUCGGAACGAUUUUCAAGCAGGUCACCUAAACGUCUUACAGACUUGGACAAGGCCCAGCUACUUGAAAUAGCCAAAGCUAAUGCAGCCGCCAUGUGUGCUAAGUCUGGUGUUCCCUUACCACCAAGCCUGAUGCCUUUGUUAUCUCAAAAGAAAGACGACAAAGCCAAUCAGAAGUCAUCAAGAGAUACAUUAAAGGAGCUCACUGAGAAAUGCAAGAAGAUUGCUCAAAGCACAGAUGAUGUGAUAGUGAACAAACCUCAUGUUUCUGAUGAAGAGGAGGAAGAACGUCCUUUCUAUAAUCAUCCUUUUAAGCUCAGUGAACCCAAACCUAUUUUUUUCAAUUUAAGUACUCCCAGCAUAAAACCAGCACCACCACCACAACCAAAAAAUCAGGUCAGCCUGUCAAAGGAAUUUCCUGUUUCAUCUGGGUCUCAACAUAGGAAAAAAGAAGCGGAUAGUGUCUAUGGAGAAUGGGUUCCAGUUGAAAAAGGCAAAGAAGAAAGCAAGGAUGAUGUUUUCCCCAAACCAUCCAUUGAGGGUGUGGACAUAACUACAGCUAUGAAUGAUCGAGCAGUGGCUCAGAAAAGGCUUAAUGAAAACACAUUUGAUUUAGAGGCCAUGUGCAUGUUAAAUCGUGCACAGGAACAGAUUGAUGCCUGGGCUCAAUCAAACUCCAUACCUGGCCAGUUCACAGGAAGUACUGGAGCACAGAUACUGUCCUCGGAUGAGCUGACCAACAGUGGUCCCCAAGCAUGGAUUAGAAAGGAUCAGUUCUUAAGAGCAGCCCCUGUAACUGGAGGAAUGGGAGCUCAACUGAUGAGAAAAAUGGGCUGGAGAGAAGGAGAAGGGCUUGGAAAAAACAAAGAAGGCAGCGUUGAGCCUAUUAUGGUCGAUUUUAAGACAGAUCGAAAAGGGCUUGUUGCUGUGGGAGAGAAGGCACAAAAGAGAUCUGGACAUUAUGUUGUGAUGAAGGAUCUUUCAGGUAAACAUCCAGUUUCUGCGUUGAUGGAGAUCUGUAACAAAAGAAGAUGGUCACCACCUGAAUUUGUGUUGGUGGAUGAUAGUGGGCCUGAUCAUCGCAAACAUUUUAUCUUUAAGGUGAGAGUCAAUGGAAACGAAUAUAGGCCUACUUUUGCCAGCCUUAAUAAGAAGCAUGCUAAAGCCACAGCAGCAACUGCGGCUCUCCAAGCGAUGGGACUUGUACCAAAGGAAAGCAUGGUUAAUACCACCAUGUUUAGGAGUGCCUCACACCGCUAGAUAUUGUUUUUUAUAUUGACAUUUAUUUCAGAUAAUUUUACUCUGCACAAAAAUGGUAUUUGCCCUUUCAUGUUGUAAAUACAUUGGCAAUUCCCACGUUGUAAAAACUGUACAGACACCUUCAGGUUUUUCUUUUGUACCAUCAAAAUGUAUUUAAAUCAUACUUAGUUUUUGGUAUGUUUAUAUUGUUUACAUUAGUGAUGUAAUUAUUUCUUAAAUGACUAAAUCAGACGACAGACUCUGGAGGCAUCAGUAAUCUUAAACCCUUGUUUUAAAACUCAUGCAAUUUCUCUUCAAUACGGAAUGUUAACACUUUCAUACUGUUUUGUACUAUGCUGCAGUUUUCCCUGGUCUCGGUAAAGCUACUCUUGCACUUUUGCCUACAGCUGGUAAAAGGUCGUGCGGCUUACCUUAGUCUAGUCGAGGCUGGCGUGUACUGCUGGACAGAUACUGGGCCAGUACUGUGACCCCUGUGAGAAGGUGUGCGGUGGCAGCCCUGUUGUACAGUGUUAACGCUGCGGCUUCUCUUUGAGUUUUCUUGUGGGGGUUUAACUUGGUGGUGCACUGCGACUGGCCGUACAGCCCAUACUCUAGGACAUACGCGAUAGGCAAAAGACUUGCUUUCAAAGGGAUGGCAGAAAGUCCAGCAAUGGAACCGAUGAGACUUGAAACGUAAAGGUGACUCUCCCUGCAUGUUCUGAGAAGGGAGAUAGUGGAGUUGUCUGUUCCAAACAAAUUAACACACUGCCUGAUGUUGAUUGUAUGAAUUUGUGGUUAAUGUGAAUUUUAAACUCUAACAAAUCUACAACUGGAUUUGG